GAGAGAGAGAGAGAGAGAGAUCGCUAAGCAGGGACACUCAUCUGCUGCCUGGCUUUAGAGUGUGUACACAUCCCCGCUUUGACUGCAGCUUUCUCUAAGAAAAUCCUCAGUAGACGUUUUUGUCAGACUUUUUAACUGCUCAAGGCGCAUGCUCAGACUAACAGACGGUGCAGUUGUUGUAUUCAGGAACUCAGAGACACUGAAAGUUUUUAAAGAUGACCACUUCAUGGAGUGACCGACUGCAGAACUAUGCAGACUUGCCUGCCAACAUGGACGGCCUGACAAUGAAAAAGUACAGGAGAGAGCCCUACCACAGAGUGUUUGUCAACAGAAGCUUGGCAAUGGAGAAGAUUAAGUGCUUUGGCUUUGACAUGGAUUACACUUUAGCAGUGUACAAGUCACCAGAGUACGAGUCACUCGGCUUUGAGCUCACAGUGGAGCGUCUGGUUUCCAUUGGCUACCCCCAGGAGCUGCUCAGCUUCGUAUACGACCCAUCCUUUCCCACCAGGGGCCUUGUGUUUGAUACCAUGUAUGGAAACCUGUUGAAGGUUGAUGCCUAUGGUAAUAUUCUGGUCUGUGUCCAUGGAUUCAACUUCCUCCGAGGCCCCGAGAUCCGUGAACGGUACCCAAACAAGUUUAUCCAGAGAGAUGAUACAGAGCGUUUUUAUAUCCUUAACACACUCUUCAACCUGCCAGAGACCUACCUCUUUGCCUGCCUAGUGGAUUUCUUCUCCAACUGUGACAGAUACACAAGCUGUGAAACUGGCUUCAAAGAUGGCGACCUCUUCAUGUCCUAUAAGAGCAUGUUCCAGGAUGUUCGCGACGCUGUUGACUGGGUCCACUUCAAGGGUACCCUGAAGGAGAAGACGGUUGAGAACUUGGAGAAGUAUGUAGUGAAAGAUGGGAAGCUGCCUCUUCUCCUCAGCCGAAUGAAUGAGGUGGCCAAGGUUUUCUUGGCUACUAACAGUGACUACAAAUACACUGAUAAAAUCAUGACCUACCUGUUUGACUUUCCCCAUGGCCCCAAGCCUGGUACCUCCCACAGACCCUGGCAGUCCUACUUUGAUCUGAUCCUGGUGGAUGCCAGGAAGCCGCUGUUCUUCGGGGAGGGUACAGUGCUCAGACAAGUCGACACGACAACAGGGCGUCUAAAGAUAGGAACCUACACAGGACCUCUGCAGCAUGGGAUAGUGUACUCAGGAGGUUCGUCAGACAUCGUGUGCGACCUGCUGGGGGCCAAGGGGAAGGACAUAGUGUACAUAGGGGAUCAUAUCUUUGGAGACAUCCUCAAGUCCAAGAAACGUCAAGGCUGGAGGACGUUCCUGGUCAUACCUGAGCUGGCCCAGGAGCUGCACGUGUGGACCGACAAGAGCUCAUUAUUCGAAGAACUGCAGGGUUUGGACAUUUUCUUGGCUGAACUCUACAAACAUCUGGACAGCAGCAGUAAUGAGAGGCCAGACAUCAGCACUAUUCAGAGAAGAGUCAAGAAAGUGACACAUGACAUGGACAUGUGCUACGGCAUGAUGGGUAGCCUUUUCCGCAGCGGCUCCAGACAGACCCUGUUUGCCUCCCAAGUGAUGCGUUACGCCGACCUGUACGCAGCCUCCUUCAUAAACCUGCUGUACUACCCCUUCAGCUACCUCUUCAGAGCUGCACACGUACUGAUGCCCCAUGAGUCGACCGUUGAACACACCCACGUGGACAUCGACACAGAGUCACCGCUGGCGACGCGCAACCGCACCCAAUGCAGCGACUGCAAAGACCUGGAGUGUAAACGCAACCAGCUGACCCGCUCCUUCAGCGAGAUCAAACCUCCCAACCUGUUCCCCCAGACUCCCCAAGAGAUCACUCACUGCCAUGAUGAGGAUGAUGAUGAGGAGGAGGAGGAGGAGGAAGAGGAGGAGGAGGAAGAGGAGGAGGAGGAGGAGGAGGAGGAGGAGGAGGAGGAGUAAGGUGGACAUGGAGAGGAGAGCCACGUUCCUGCUCCUGCUUUCUUAUGUUUCCCAGUAGAGUUGGGUAGUGAUCUCUCUCAACGUGAGGCAGGGAGGAAAAACAUCUCCAGUGUGUGUGUGUAUAUAUAUAUCAAUUCUGUAUGCACACAAACACACACACACACAUGUACUGGAGAUUUCUGAGGAAAGUUUAAAGGACCAGUAGCGAGACAGAUCAUGUGACUGUCAGAAGACUGAGGGUCCUCAAAAUCCAACCUUUCCUAGCUUCAUUAUUAAAAAAAAAAAAAGAAAAAAAAACACUUAAUAGUUUUAAUUGAUUUGAUUUCUGUAUUAUUUUUCCCAUCAGACGGACAGAUCACACACUCGAGUAAACAUCACACAUUAUUUUUCAUUAUGUUUUAUAAGCUGUUUUUUAAGACCUGCUGGUGGAGUAAACAUGUCAGAUAUGGUCAGUAAACUGUGGUUUAAAUCAUAACACACUAGCCUUGCUGACACAGUAUGCACAUUGUAAUGAAACAAGAAAACAGUUUUCAGUUAUGGUGUUGAAAAAAGAUGCACAUCCUGUAUCAAAACAGACUUUUUUUUUUUUUUUUUAUGCAACAUGGGAACAACAUUCAGUUUUUCUUCUGUUUUGUUUCUUUUUGUCGUCACUUUUUAGAGGAGUUAUUUGCUCUCACUUGUGUGUAAGGGUGUGCGUGUGUCUGUGUGUAUCUGCCAAAGUAGACUCACUCCGACUGUAGCAUCCUGAGUGACAGCAGGCUAAGGAUCCAUUGUACUAAACUGAAGCACAGGAGCACUGAAGCACAAGCUGGCGUUAAAGCGAUUGAUAACCAGAUGCAGUUUUUGUUUGAAGUUUGUUUGAGAGAACAUGUGGUACACAAGUGGCUGUUGGAGUGAUAUUUUGUUACCAAGCAACAAUGAUGACAGAGUACUGUAACCAUGUUUUAUACCAAUAGUCUCUAUGACAACCCUGAGUUACAGUCGUGUUUCUGUAAAUAGCCAUCAGGUGAAUGUUUUUCGCCAUGUGACUAGUUCACGGUUUAAGCCACGAGCAGCUAACAUGCAGUAUUUUCUCAGCUUGGUUAUUUAGGAAGGUGAAACUUGAGCAUUGUAUUUGACCUUUACAGAGGGUUUUAUUAUGAUAGGGGGAUAUAAAAUGCGAGACAGUUUUAACUAGUUGGAGCAACUUAAAGAUGUGUGAUGUGAUUUUUUUUUUUUUUUUUUUGUCAAGUGUGCAACAGGAACGUGAGAGUGGCCUCUGUAUGCAAGGGAGGGAGGAUUAAGAUGUACAGUAUGAAGCUCAGUUCAGUCGGUCUACCUGGCUUCAGACUGUUAUUAGCUUGCUUUGUGUAUCUCAUUGGUUUAGGGGCUUUGUUGGGCCUUUUCUUUUGUUUUUCCUUAAUCCGCUGACCCACAACUGUAGGUGUCUUCCUCGGGGGUGGGUGGCAUGUUGAUGCAGAGUGUGGGGCUGAGUGCAUACUGUAAUGUUCUGUUGCACCUCUAAACACUGUCAUAUGACCAUUUCAUAGUAGUGUUUGUUCUAGUUUGUUACUAGUUGAGACCUGGAUGAAAAUCUCUGACUUCAAGCACUUGUCUUUUCAUUUUCUCUGAACUUUACAACAAAGGAUGAGCUAAGCUUAUGGAACUUAAAGGCCUUAAAAACUUCAAAUGUUAAGUAUUUUUUCAUAACAUCAAAUAUUCAUGAAUAAAAAAAAAGCAACAACAAAGUAAAAGAAAAGAAAGGUUAGGCAUUAUUUAUUAAAAGUUUAACUUUUAACAACUCAUUGUAUCUGCCCCAUCAGCACUGUGUGGCUGUGGUUUGAUUUCACUGACAGUAAGUGCAUUUCCACCCAUGUGUUUUCAUGCACAUUUUCAAUAUGCACAAAAAAAAUUUGAGUGGAAACACCAGAAAUUUAAAAAAAAAAGUCCAAAUAUCCUAAAAAGGUUUUGCACUUAGCUGUAGUAACAUAGUUGGUACACUGAUAACAAAAACAAGUGCAAGAAAGUGUCAUUAAAUAAAUUAUGAAGAACAUGAAACAAGUGACUUAAACAAAGUGUUAAUAAGACAAAGACUUACGUGUGGAGCAAUGAGGAGACUGUAACCUUCCUCACGUUAAUACACAAAACAGACACAAACUAUCCACUAUUCCAAUAGUCUUCCACAUCAUUUUAUUAAUUUCAGACUCACCCUGUCCGCAGUGCGACUGUAGAAGAAGUUCUGCUGAGGUUUAACGGCACCGACUGUUCUCAAUCUCAAUGAGCCAACUCCCUGAGAGUCACGACAGUAGUGGAUGGAAAAUGCACUGAAAGUUUAUUUUGGAACUUUGUUGAAAUUUGUGCUAAAUUUAGAUGAAAACUUGGUAUGUGACCAAACAACCCAGCGACUGUCACCAGUUUUGCAUUCAAAUGUUGCUAAAUUCCUGAUCCUGGUGCAAGAAAAUAUGUGACAUCACCUUCUUUUUCAACUGAGCCCCGCCCACUUCAAACUGGUGAGAGUAGAGAAGUAGAGAAAAGAAACUCCAUCACCUCUCAUGUGAAAUAACCAGAGGUGGUGCUCAUGUAGGAGUCUAUCACUCAUGGUGAGAAGCUGAUGGAGACAGUAGGUUUUCGGGGCAGUUAACCCAGACACAGCAUGACUGGUGAGUCCAUGUGUCCAAAUGCUUCAGAGUUAGUAUUUCAAACAAGGUGACUUUUUUCCUCUUCUUUUGUCUAUUCAAACACCCGGUGUAUCCUGUACGUUAACUUUCCUCAUCUUUUAUAUUAAGUCUCGACAUGUCUCAGCCAUGUAAGAGCUGGCCUGUCCAUUAAGGCCUCAAAAGGGGAAGAACGUGCUGUCUACUUGUUGGUUUGGCUUGAUAUGGAGUGGUGAGAGGUGAAUGUGUUUAACUGCAACUUUAUGUGACGGUUCAGUGGAUAAAACCUUGUAGGACAAUAAGAAACAUAUUACAGCUGUUUAUCUUUUUUUUCCCCCACUUUUUUUUUUUUUUUUUUUUUUUUUUUACAAAUGAAAUAUUUGUAUUCUCAGUUUUGACUUUUGUUCCUUGAACAUGGAAUAACUCGAUAUGCUACAUGAGGCAGCUGCAUUGCUAAUAAGACGUAGUCGACUGUCUUUCUUUGCAUAAUUUGCAUAUGCAUGUGAAAAUAAGAAACAUAUCCGUUCUGACACGGUGGUUAUGGUAGCAUUGGUUUUACUUCUAUGUGGUUUUUAAGACAAGCUUUUUUUUGGCAUUUAUCAUUGUAGUUUUACACAGGGAGAAAAAAAAACUGUAAACCUGUAUAAAAUACAAUGAAGGGAAAUGUGAAUAGCAUGUUAAGUACCAUAACUGAAAUGUUACUUGUAAUCAACACCAUGGGGUUAUUUUUAUUUUUCUAAGCUAGUGUUUUUAAAUGGUCUUGGUUUACAGAAGUGUAAAUAGACCUUUCCAUUUCCUUUUCUUACCAUAUUUUCUUUUUCCAAAUAACAUUUUUUUUUGUUUAUUUUUAUACUGUACCACAGGAGGCUGUUGCUCAGACUUUGAACUAACUAAAGCCUUGUGAACAGUUACAGUGCUUUAGAAGAUUUUUAUCCAUUGUUGUGAUGCGCAGAAUGCAUCCACAUUAAAAGCAGGUGCCAAAACAGACACCUUUCAUUUUCUAAUCUAUAGUAAUCCUCUGUUUUUAUGCAUAUCAGUUUAUGUUCUCCUGAGCAGUGUUUUGUUGUUUGUUUCCAGAAAUUACCCUACAGACUGUACAUUGAGGUAAAAUACAUAAAAAUGUAGAAUAAAGAUAGUUUUUCAUAA